AUGAAUCGAGCCGAGGGGUUGGUGCAACGAAGAAACGUGAACGUAAUUAAGGACAAUUCGGAAUUAAAGGAAAACCACGACGUCGAUGAUAAGAAAAAUGAUAAAAGUUAUGAUGACGGGGAUUCAAAGGAAACACGAUUGACACUAAUGGAAGAAGUACUACUUUUAGGAUUAAAGGACAAAGAGGGUUACACAUCAUUUUGGAAUGAUUGCAUAUCCAGCGGCUUGCGAGGAUGUAUUUUAAUCGAACUUGGCCUGAGAGGCCGCGUAGAAUUAGAAAGAGCUGGUAUGCGUAGAAAGGGAUUGUUAUCUAGAAAAGUUAUAGUUAAAUCAGAUACACCUACAGGUGACGUAUUGCUAGACGAGGCCUUGAAACACAUGAAGGAAACUGAACCACCAGAGACAGUUCAAAGCUGGAUAGAAUACCUAAGUGGUGAAACAUGGAACCCAAUGAAAUUAAAAUAUCAGUUGAAAAAUGUCCGUGAGAGACUUGCAAAAAAUCUCGUUGAAAAAGGAGUUUUGACAACGGAAAAGCAGAACUUUUUGCUAUUUGAUAUGACUACCCAUCCUUUGACUGAUAAUGUUGUUAAAUGUCGCCUGGUCAAAAAGGUUCAAGAAGCAGCUUUGAGGCGUUCAAUCACGGAUGUUGCUCACGCGGAUAAGCGAUCACUGGCGCUGUUGAUGCUUGCCCAUUCAGCUGAUGUACUAGAAAACGCGUUCGCGCCACUCUCCGACGAAGAUUAUGAGUUAGCAACGAGACGCGUGCGCGCGCUUUUAGAUCUAGAUUUCGAGGCUGAAGCCAUGCGACCAGAUGCCUGCGAAAUUAUGUGGGCGGUGUUUGCAGCGUUCACUAAAUAG